AUGACCAUCAGUCAUGUGCUGGAUAUUGCUGAAGUGGUGACUCAUAGAGACUUCUGCUUACUGUCAUACAACGUAAACAUUUCUCUAAGAAAUGACAUAGAAGAAAUGAAGACUGUUAACCACCUUAAGGAUCUUAUUUUUAAAAGUAUAGAGUGCAGCAAAAUAGAAGCAUGUAAUAUUGCUAUAUCCCUAAAUUGGGAGAUGAUUCAGGGAAGACUCUGGAGGAAUAGAAUCUGGACAGGUAGGGGUGAGUCUGGAAAAGAGGUGCAAGAAGAGCAUAGCUGGAUCAGCAAGUGCGAAAACCUAGAGGUGAAAGCAUGGCACUCAGAAGGAUCUUUAACAAGUUCACUAAGGCUGAAGUGUAAGAGUCAAGAGACAGGGCUGGUGGGGAUCCUACAAACCUUUGUUAGCUUGGUUAAGGAGUUUGGGCUUUAUCCUGAAAACACUGGACAACCAUUAAGGGUUUUAGCAGGAUGUGUAUUGGCGGCAGCCGCGGUAGGUCCAGACACAGGUGGCCAUGGAACUCGCUGCGUGGUAUAUAAAGGAGAAGGUGGGCAUGGCCAGCCUCCCUCAGCUACACUCUCUCGGGUUAGCCCUGGAAGUCUUUACACACAUAAAACCCGUACCCAUAAUGUAUGUAUGGCAUCUGACUUUUUCUACCCAAAUAUGGGAGGUGUGGAAAGCCACAUUUACCAGCUGCCUCAGUGCCUGAUUGGAAGAGGGCAUAAGGUUAUAAUUGUCAUCCGUGCUUAUGGAAAUCGAAAAGGCAUCCAUUACCUCACUAAUGACCUCAAAGUCUAUUACUUGCCUCUGAAAGUCAUGUAUAACCAGUCUAUGGCCAGGACCCUCUUUCACAGUCUGCCAUUGCUCAAGUACAUAUUUGUUCAGGAGACAGUCACAAUAAUCCAUUCACAUAGUUCAUUUUCUGCCAUGGCCCAUGAUGUUCUCUUCCAUGCCAAGACAAUGGGGCUUCAAACAGUCUUAACAGACCAUUCCCUUUCUGGAUUUGCUAAGGCCCGCUCAGUGCUUACAAACAAACUUCUAACUGUGUCUGUUUGUGACACAAGGCAUAUCAUUUGCAUUUCUUAUACUAGUAAGGAAAAUACCAUACUACGAGCAGCACUGAUUCCUGAAAUAGUGUCUGUCAUUCCUAAUGCUGUAGAUCCCACUGACUUCACUCCAGACCCAUUUAGAAGGCAUGAUAGUAUAACUAUUGUUGUCAGCAGACUUGUUUACAGAAAAGGAACCAAUUUGCUUAGUGGUAUUAUACCCAAACUCUGUCAGAAAUAUUCAGAUUUAAAUUUCAUAAUUGGAGGAGAGGGACCAAAGAGAAUCAUUUUGCAAGAAGUUCUGGAAAGAUACCGGUUGCACGACAGGGUGCAUCUUUUGGGAGCUUUACAACACAAGAAUAUUAGGAGCGUCUUAGUUCAAGGACGUAUUUUUCUUAAUACCUCCCUUACUGAAGCAUUCUGCAUGGCAAUCGUGGAAGCAGCCAGCUGUGGUUUACAGCUUCUAAGUACCAGGGUUGGUGGAAUUCCUGAGGUGUUUCCAGAAAAUCUUACUAUUUUAUGAGAAACUUCAGUAAAAUCUUUGUGUGAGGGAUUGGAAAAAGCUAUUUUCCAACUGAAGUCAGGGGCAUUGCUGGCUCCAGAAAAUAUCCAUAACAUAGUAAAGACUUUCUACACCUGGAGGAAUGUUGUGGCGAGAACUGAAAAAGUGUAUGACCGAAUAUCGGUGGAAUCUGUGUUGCCAACGGACAAACAACUGGACAGACUUAUUUCUCACUGUGGACCAGUAACAGUCUACAUCUUUGCUUUGUUGUCUGUUUUCAACUUCCUCUUCCUCAUUUUCUUGAGAUGGAUGACUCCAGGUUCUAUCAUUGAUACUGGAAUAGAUGCCACUGGGCCAAGGGGUGCCUGGACUCAUAUAUGUUCUCACAGUAAAAGAGGGGGUGAGAAUAUUAAGAUAUCUAAAACCAGGAAUAAGAGAGAGCCUACACUAAUGUAUGAGGUGUGCCAUCCCAAAGCCAGCUGCUAUCCUGUCCGUUUAAUUUUAGCAGUCAGAACUCAGGGUCUUUCAGUGCUAAAAGGUGCUGACAGGAUUGUGCUGUGUUUGCAGCCUCCAAGGGAGAGUUCUUUUCCUUUCCCAGUUUCCACUGACACCUGCAUAUUCCUUGGCUCCCUCCUCCAUCUUUACAGCCUGCAGCGUAGCACCUCAGAUCUCUCUUUGAUGCUCUUCCAUCAUGACUUCUCCUCCUGUCUCUUUGCAGCUGUCCUCACAUCACCUUCAGCAGCUCACUUGACCUGCAAGUACCUUGACCGUAAUCACUGUACAUAUUUUACCUGGAACAUGUUGGGUGAGAGGCAAAAUUAUGUAUCAAUUCAGGUCAUCAGCCAUAAGAAGGAAAUGGUCGUAUCUCAUUUUACAGAUCAGAACUCAGAGAAGUUAACUACUCCAAAGUCAUAUAGCCAGUAUUUUCGGGAGCUGGAAUUCAAAUCAGAUGUGUUCAAUACCUUCUACUACCCCACUGCUGUCUUUAUGCUCCAACUGUUAAAGCUCUUGUCUGAUUAUGUGGAACUCCAUUUUAAUAGGAGCAGCUUCUUUGCUGCAUUUUUAAAAAAUGGUCUCGGAAGCUUCUUACUUCCGAGAAGUGGAUCUUUGUUGCGGACAAAGGAUUAUUUAUGCUAA